GCCAGGCAUAUAGGACGCACUCCAUCUAUCGCACCAUCCGUAGAAGAUUCACUCGGAUUUCUUUCCACCGGCGAAGCGAAACGGUAGCCGAAUCUCCGACGGUGGCGUGGUCAUGGAGGUUUCCGCCGUAGGGAGCCUAUGGGACGGCGUCGUGGAGCUGACGAAGGCGGCGCAAGAAAAGGGUAGUGAUCCUGUGGUUUGGGCAAUGCAUAUAAGUUCGAAUUUGAACUCGGCGGGAGAGUCCUUGCCUUCGGCGGAGUUCGCCGACGUAUUAGUCUCUUACAUUUGCUGGGAAAAUAAUGUUCCCAUUAUGUGGAAGUUUCUAGAGAAAGCCUUCACGUUCAAGAUCGCGCCUCCUCUGCUUGUUCUUGCUCUGCUUUCAGUUAGGGUUAUUCCAUGCCGACAUUUCCAACCUGGAGCAUAUAGGCUAUACAUGGAACUCCUCAAAAGACAAGCUUUUGAACUUAAAUAUCAGCUAAAGCUGCCGACCUAUCUAAAGGUCAUGAAAUCCAUAGAUGCUGUUCUUCAUCUUUCGCAGAUAUUUGACCUGUCACAAAGGGAGCCUGGCGUUUUGGUUGUUGAAUUCGUUUUUUCAAUUGUCUGGCAGUUGCUUGAUGCAUCAUUGGAAGAUGAAGGGCUGCUGGAACUUAUUCCUGAAAAGAAUUCCAAAUGGGAAAUGAUAUACAGAGAAUUGGAUCAAUAUAGGCACGGGAACUAUGAUGUUGAUAUUAAGAAGACUGAGAAGUUUGAGAGAAUGCAGAAUGCAAAUACCCUUUUGGCUAUUGAGAUGAUUGGUCAAUUUCUUCAGGAUAAAACAUGUUCUAGGCUCCUUUACUUAGCCCGCAAAAAUCUGCCUAAGCAUUGGCUGAGUCUUGUUCAGCGACUGAAGCUGCUGGCAGAUCAUUCAUUAGUAUUGAGAAAUUCAAGAACUCUUAGUCCUGAGGCACUUCUCGAAUUGACUUCAGAUACCACCAUCAUCUUGUCUCGAGAAUGCAAAACAAGUUCACAACAAAGGUUCCAUAAAGCCACGGCUUUUGAAUAUCUUUCUUCCCCAGCAUCUCUCUGUCACGGCUCUACCCAUUCUGCACUGUGGAUUCCUCUUGACCUGGUACUGGAAGAUGCCAUGGAUGGCUAUCAAGUUAGUGCAACAAGUGCUAUUGAAAUAAUUAUCAGUCUGGUCAAAACUCUACGGGCAAUAAAUGGCACCUCUUGGCAUGACACGUUUUUAGGCCUUUGGUUAGCAGCUCUUCGCCUUGUUCAGAGGGAAAGAGAUCCUAUCGAGGGCCCAAUGCCUCAUCUUGAUACCCGCUUAUGCAUGCUAUUGUGUAUCAUGCCUCUUGUCGUUUCCAGUCUUAUCGAGGAGGAGGAAAGAAUACCCACUGAUGAAACAGAGAAUGGCCCUACAGAUCAAUGGAAAGAGAAGGUGCCGGGAAAGUGCCGAAAUGAUCUGGUCUCGAGUCUACAGUCGUUGGGGGAUUACCAGAGUUUGCUUGCUCCACCUCAAUCAAUUGCUGCAGCUGCAAAUCAGGCUGCUGCAAAGGCAAUGCUAUUUCUUUCCGGGAUCACAAUAGGGAGUGCAUAUUUUGAAUGUCUCAAUAUGACAGAAAUGCCUAUUGAGUGUUCUGGAAACUUGCGUCAUCUGUUAGUUGAGUCUUGUAUUGCCCGUAACCUCCUGGACAUGUCGGCUUAUUUAUGGCCGGGUUAUGUGAAUGGACAUAUUGAUCAAAUGCCUCAAUGUGUGCCUACUCAAAUACCUGGUUGGUCGUCUUUUAUGAACGGAGCACCACUUAGUCCCGCAAUGAUACAUGCUCUGAUUUCAAAUCCUGCUUCGAGCUUAGCAGAACUGGAAAAGAUCUUUGAGAUUGCAACCAGAGGAUCAGAAGAGGAUAAAAUAUCCGCUGCUAACAUUCUUUGUGGGGCAUCUUUGAUUCGAGGAUGGAAUGUGCAGGAGCACACUGUUCAUUUCAUUAUUAGGUUAUUAUCUCCACCAGCUCCAGUAGAGAAUACUGAAGGCAACAGCCAUUUAAUUGAUUAUGCUCCUAUUCUUAAUGUACUCGUUGUUGGAAUAGCACCUGUUGAUUGUGUUCAAAUAUUAUCACUUCAUGGCUUGGUUCCACAGCUUGUGUGCUCAUUGAUGCCAAUCUGUGAGGUUUUUGGAUCUUUUGUUCCCAACAUCUCAUGGACAUUAACAUCAGGGGAAGAAAUAUCCGCCCAUGCUGUGUUUUCAAAUGCAUUUAUUCUUCUUUUAAAAUUAUGGAGGUUCAAUCAUCCUCCUAUUGAACAUGGAGUCGGAGAUGUACCCACUGUUGGUUCUCAACUAACUCCUGAAUACCUCCUUUUAGUACGAAACUCCCACUUAGUUUCAGCAGGUAACAUCCACAAAGAUCAAAACAGGAGGAGACUCUCGGAAAUUGCCAGUUUGUCAUCACCAAAUUCUGUUUUUGUUGACUCGUUUCCAAAACUAAAAGUGUGGUAUAGGCAACAUCAAGCGUGCAUAGCUUCAACAUUGUCUGGUCUUGUUAAGGGAACCCCUUUUCAUCAGAUUGUUGAGGGGCUUCUUAACAUGAUGUUUAAAAAGAUUAAGAAAGGAAGCCAGGCUUCUGUUACGUCUGGAAGCAGUAGCUCUUCUGGAGCUGCAAAUGAGGAUGCCUCUAUGAGACCAAAAUUGCCUGCUUGGGAUAUUUUGGAAGCUGUUCCCUUUGUAGUCGAUGCCGUUCUCACAGCCUGUGCUCAUGGAAGAUUAUCCCCCCGUGAAUUAGCGACAGGGCUUAAAGAUUUAGCUGAUUUUCUACCUGCAUCUUUGGCGACCAUAGUAAGCUACUUCUCUGCUGAAGUGACUCGGGGUGUUUGGAAAUCUUAUCAGAUCCGGAAAAUUUUGGCGGCAACUGGCGUUGAUGUCCCAAGCCUUGCUUCAGGAGGAAGCUCCCCAGCUGCACUUCCUUUGCCAUUGGCUGCCUUUGUAAGCCUUACCAUAACCUACAAAAUCGACAAAGCUUCAGAGCGUUUUCUCAAUCUGGCUGGCCCAGCUUUGGAGUCCCUUGCUGCAGGUUGUCCAUGGCCUUGCAUGCCAAUAGUAGCUUCUCUAUGGACCCAAAAGGCGAAGCGUUGGAGUGACUUCCUUAUCUUCUCAGCAUCUCGAACUGUAUUCCUCCACAACAAGGAUGCAGUAGUUCAACUUCUCAAAAGCUGCUUCUCAGCAACCCUUGGCACGAACAUCUCCCUUAUCUCACCCCAUGGUGGUGUUGGAGCCCUCCUUGGCCAUGGCUUUAAGUCCCAUUUUUGUGGAGGGAUUUGCCCAGUUGCUCCUGGAAUUCUCUACCUUCGCGCUUAUCGAUCAAUCAGAGAUAUUGUUUUCUUGACAGAAGAAAUAGUUUCCUUAAUAAUGCAGUCAGUGAGAGAAAUUGUAUGUGGUGGAGUUCCAAUGGACGGACUAGAAAAGUUGAGAGCAACCAAAGAUGGCGUAAAAUAUGGACAGGUUUCACUUGCUGCCUCGAUGACUCGGGUCAAACUUGCAGCUGCACUAGGGGCUUCUCUUGUUUGGUUAUCAGGAGGGUUGAUACUGGUUCAAUUAUUGAUAAAAGAAACUUUGCCCUCCUGGUUUAUAUCUGUUCACAGAUCUGAGCAGGAUAAGUGUGAUGGGAUGGUGGCAAUGCUUGGAGGAUAUGCGCUUGCUUACUUUGCAGUUCUUUGUGGAGCUUUUGCCUGGGGGGUUGAUUCAUCAUCUUCAGCUUCAAAGAGACGUCCAAAAAUUCUGGGCAUUCACAUGGAGUUUCUGGCUAGUGCACUUGAUGGCAAGAUAUCACUUGGCUGUGAUUCUGCCACUUGGCGAGCCUAUGUGCUAGGGUUUGUAAGCCUAAUGGUGGGCUGCACACCAAAUUGGGUGCUGGAAGUAGAUGUACAAGUGUUGAAGAGACUGAGCAAUGGACUGAGGCAGAUGAAUGAAGAAGAGCUUGCUCUUGCUUUAUUGAGUGUAGGUGGGGCGGGUACCAUGGGCUCAGCAGCUGAGCUAAUAAUUGACAACUACAUGUGAAUUGCUGUAACUCCUUAUUAGCAUCCAUGUAUAGUGCAGGACACGGCACUCGUGGUGCAAAUUAAUUUGAUCCCCUAAAGUUGUGCAGUGAUAACUUCUUUUUUUGGAAAAGCAUCGCCCAUUAAGAAUGAAAUAUUCUGUGCCUAUCGCUAUCA